AUGGGUUCAGCCUGUUCAACACAAAAGCAAUUGAAGAAUGUUGAAGAACCUCAAAGGUUUUCCACUGAAAAACCAAAGAAGGUGCUGAGAUCGAGUGUUUCAAAGAACGAUCAAAAGCAACAUACCGAGGCAAAGAAGGAGGAGGUAAAACAAGCUUCGUCAUCAUCGCUAUCAGCAGAUAAAUCCUCUCAUCAUAUUCAAACAAAACAAGAACAAGAUCCUGUAAAUACAUCAACUGAGGAAAAAAAAUCCUCAAUAGCAGAAAAGAAAGUAUCGAGAGCUCUUUCAAAGUAUGAAAAACGAGAUGAGCAAUUGUUGUCAACUUGGGGAAAGUGGCUCAGUUCUGAUGAGACCAACAAGUAUGUGGCCAAUGAUGAUGUUUACUAUUUCGAGAUGAAUAACUGUUUUCCUGAUUGCUUUUUCUUGGAUAUUGAGGGGGGUGAUAUUGAUAUGGAAACAAUUGUUUUUGUUAGGGUGAGAGGAUAUUCAACAGUAAUUGCAACCAUGAUUCAACAAGUGGAUGAUAAGAAUGACAAAGCCGUUCUAACUUCAAUUCAAAUUCCGAAAUCUAUUGAAUCUGAUAAGGUUCUCCUUCCAAUCAUUCAAGCACUGGUAGAGGCAUUACCAGAGCAAUUAGAAAAACCAUUCACAAUUACUGAGGAGAGGAGAAAUUACUUUAUUGAAGGCAAUGAGGACUUUAAAAACUUGAUGCAACACACGGAAAAUGCAUUAAUUAGUAUUGAGGAAAAUCACACAAUUCCUUCUGAUUUCAAAGGAAGUAUUUACAUGAAUACUUGUAUGGGAAUGCCUCUCCUUCAUUUUGCUGUGGGUAAGAACAACAUGAAAGCAGUGGAUUCGUUAUUGCAACUUGGGGCAAGUCCAUCACAAAGAGACACCAACUCAAAUACUGCUCUAUUUUAUGUAACGAGUUUGGAAAUGUUGAAAAAAUUGGCAGAACACAUAGAUAUUGAAACUGAUCUGUUUAGACCAAACAAUAAUGAAGAAUUGAUUUCUCACAAAUACAGUUCCCUUUACUCGGAAGAUGGUGAGUUAGCUUACAGUCUAGUUCAAGAACUAGCAUCAUUGGCAGGAAAGACUUCAAGUCCAUACGAAUCAAUUUUAAAGCUAUUCUGGGGAUUGGAUAAGCAAAACACAACAGCACUUCAAAUAUUAGAAAAGCUUUACAAAAAGAAAGCAGAAAAGCAGAAAUAUACCCAGGAUUUUAGAGCUCUCUACUUUAAUGAAGCAGCUCAAUGGAAAAUCAGACUCGAUCUAUUCAAACCUGAAAAUGUUAAUAUCGUUGAGGAUAGAUAUGGUCUCACUCAAUUAGAAAUGGCUGUAUUGGAUGAAAACAUCCCUCUGAUUAGUAGUUAUGCAAGUAUUGGUAAACCUGAAGCUUGUAGGCCAUUUAUUUUGAACUACAUCAAGAGUGUGCAUGUUGCCAAGAUGUUACACAGGUUUUAUCCUUCCAUAUUUGAAAAGAGAGAAGCUGAAAAUUCUUCUUCUCGUUCCGCCUUAUCUACAAUUAUUCAAAAUAUGAGGGCUGGAAACAUUCCUCUCGUUACAUUUUUAGUGGAAACGCACAAUUUCAAAUUAUCGACCACUGAAACCGUGCAAUUAAUCGAGUUAAGCCUCAAUUCAAGAGAUGUUGAAUUACUAGAACUUGUGGAAAAAGUAAUAUCAAAUUCAACAAACCUAAUAGGUCAACUAUUACUUAAAAACAAUACAAUACCUUCCAAAAAGUUGCAUGCAUUUGAAUCCAACAAAUUCGAGCAAUCUCCAUUGGAAUACAUUCUAUCAGUCCAUUCUGACAUUCCUCACGCAGUAAUGUUACAACAAGUAAUUUGGAGUAGAGUUAAAGAAUUGUGCUCCGAAGGUGAUGAAUUCAGAACAUCCCUUAAGAAUCAAUGUGGUUACAUAGUUCAACAAUGUCUUGUAAUGAGAAAAAUUGAAAUGUUCAAAGAAAUAGUAACAUUCCUGAAAGAAAUUGGUUUGAAUCAUGAUGAUUUGAAAUACAAAUUCGAAUCGAACUUUACAAGCUUGAAGCAAAGUGAUAUGAUUUAUAAUGCCUUAACAACACUUGUUUAUUGCACAAGUAAUCUUGCAAGUAUUCUCACAGAGGAUUUCUUUACUACAGUUGCUCAGGUUUCCUCUGAUGACGGUUCUGAUGCCCCAAUACUUCAUAUCCUCAUGUGUUUAUUUCUUAAGAAGGCAGAGUUCAAGGUUGUUUCCAAGUUAUUGCAUCCUCAAUUUAAAGUUGAAACCCUUGAUGGAACGAUUACUGUUGUCGAUGAUGACAUGAGAUCAUGGAUUAAGAACUGGGUUGUUGGAUGUAGUGAUUCACAAUUUCUAAAAAGAUACCUUUUAAAACCUUACGAACAUGCUGAUGUCAAGAAAAGUACAAAAAAGCAAAUUGAAAGAAAUACCAGUUUUAAGUUGGAGAUGCCAAAUAUUAGAAGAUACAUUUUGCUCUUCUACAUUGACAACAAUUAUGUUAAGGAAAGGAUUGAAGAUGAGAAUUUUGAAACACCUAAUGCAUUUGAGAUUUUGGAAGAAGCGGCAAAAUGCAUUAAGGAGUGUAUAAGGAGCGAAGAGCUGGUGCAGAAGGAAUUUUUGAGAGCGGUAACUGCAAACUUGGGAUAUUUGCAAGAUAGAGUGGGUAAUGAUAAAGAUUUUUGGAUGAGAGAACAAGUUUUAAUUGAAGCAGAGAUUUUGAAAGCAUGUUUGGGGCUUUCAACUCCUGAUUUUUCCAAAUUCCAAGACCAUUCAUCCAUUUUGGAAAAAUUUGCCAAGUACUACAGAUUGCACAAGAAAAACCUUUCAAUCGAACAGUAUAUGAAAGAGUUUCUUACUGCAGAAUUCAAGAAUGUGCUUCUUUUUUGCUUGUCGAACUCUUGCCUUCAUUUACUUACCCCUACACUCUUGAACGACAUUAUUACACCAGCAAAACAGUUGAAGAUUUCAAAGUUUUUAUACAGCUUUGGAACUUUCAAUGAAAAGAAUAGAAAAGACAUGGAUAACCUCCAGGAAUGGAUAGGGUCUUCUGAAAAGCAGCCUCAAUUACUCUCACUGCUAAAAAAUGCUAUUAGUGUGGGCAAUGUCAAAUGCACUAAAAGGCUGAUUUCCUCUUUUAUGAAUAAGAAUUUACAAUUAAGCAUUGAAGAUUUAACUUCUAUCACGGAAUCCAUUUUAUCAGUUUUUAGAGGUGGUUGCGACAAAUUAUUAUCAUCCCUCAUAUGUGAAUUCAUUUCAAUGGAUCAAAUAUUGGCCAUCAAGAGUGACUCCAAUGAAACACCGCUCCAUUCUAUAUGUUAUGGUGGGUGUGUUGAGUCCUUCCAAUUAGUCCAUAGCUCUUUAGAAAUAUCAGUAUUUUCGAAAAUGUUUUUAGACACAUCAUACAAGGCUGGAAUGUCCAAUGAAAUUAAUGAGUCGGAAGAUGAGGAGCUACCUAUUGUCUACCCAACUCAUUAUUUAGCUUACCUCUCUGGAAAAGUUGCAAUUAGAAAGCAAUGUCUUUCAGUCCUCAGAGAUCUUUCAUCGAAAGGAAUGGUAACAAAUCUUGAGCUUUUUGGAGAUUGGUCAACUAAAGUUGGUGCUCUCAACAUGAUCUUAAAGCAUAAUGAGGAACAUCCAGAUGCUCCACUAUUGAAUGUCGAAAUCGAACCAUAUUCAUACCAUCUUCUCAUUAGGAGUUAUUGGAUGAAGUAUUACAUAGAUAACUCUGAGAGCUUUAGAUUCGAUGACAAAUUCAUCAAAUUAUUUAUUUAUCAUUUUGUAGCCCAAAAGAGUAUUCCUUCUCCACACUCUGAAAUUACCGACAAUAUGUUGUUUUAUUGUUUCUCUGGUAAAAGUGCAACUCCAAGAAGCUAUUGGACUAGUUUCUUUGAGGCUGUUAUCUACACUUCUGCCUACGAGAAUUUGACAAUUUUCUUCUUUACAUCAACUCAACAGGGAAGAAUUCAACUCGAUGAGGAUUCUCUUCUUCGACUUUUUAAUCUCUAUCACAAAACUAUCAAGUUAAGUGGAAGUAAUUUGAUAGAAAAAGGAUUAUUUGAAAUUUUAACAUGUGGAGAUGAAAUAGCGAGCAAUAUAAUUACAAUGAGUAUUCUUCUCAAUAGAACCAAAUUAAGCAAGUUUAUUUUAACAGUCAUUGAAGAUACACCCGGCUUAAAGGCAAAGAUUUUAGAAGAGAGAAAACAAUUAUUCGAACAAAUGUCUUCCAUAAUGCAUCCAACAUUGGAAAAUAAGGCUGCCGAUCUAUUUCUUUGUUUCUUUGAUAUUAGUGCUUCUCUGUACGGUACAGAGAUGCAACAUCUUUCAUUUGAAUUUGAAACACCAAGAAUUUCCAAAAACAUCUCUGAUGACAUGAUAAUUGCAACCUCUAUUGGUAAGAGUAUUAGGAAUUGGAAAAUGGAAAGAGCUGUUGAUCAAUUCAUCGAGCACAUCAAGGAAGAAACCGGUGUUAUGUUUACAGUAACCUUCUUUCCAUCUCUUGAGGAUCUAAGCACACCGAUGGCUCAAAUAAUGACAGGAACUACUUGUAUUUCCUGCAUAGUAGAAAUUGUGAAGCCAUUAUUAGAAAAGAAACUUCCUCUGAACGCUUUGUCCAUUGUAAUGAACGCAAAACAACAAGAUUUCCAUUCAAACAUUAAUGAGAAUACUUUAGAAAUCAAAUUGAGUUUAUCAAAGGAAGAUGAAAAUACAUUAAUUGUAGCUCCUAUCACUGAAUCAAAAUAA